CAUAUGUGAGCAGUGUGGCCCUGGCUGUGGCAUCGAUGGCUGUAAUACACCAGUCCUUGGGGCUGUCCUGCAGUCCCCCGCCUGGCCCCCCAGACCUUGGACUAGCCACCAGGGCAGCCAAGACAAAAGGCAGGGCAGCAUGAGCCGAUCACCCCACCACGCCACACAACUCCGAUCCCUUGGCUCUCACGGUACCCUGGUUCCCCUGCCUCGGCAGCCUGCUCUCCAGAACUCCUCCUCUCACUCUCGGGCCUCUCUGUGUGGGCCUCCUCCCUGGGGCCUCAGCUGUCUUCUGGCUCUGCAGCAUAUCUUGGUCCUGACUUCUCUGCUCUGUGCCUCCCACCUGCUCCUGCUUCGAAGUCUCCCUCCAGAACGACUCUCUUACUCCCCUGCCCAGCUCCUGGCCUCCAGCCUCUUUUCAUGUGGCAUGUCUACCGCCCUGCAAGCUUGGAUGGGCAGCAGGCUUCCUCUUGUCCAGGCUCCAUCCUUAGAGUUUCUUAUCCCUGCUCUGGUGCUGACCAGCCAGAAGCGAACUCUGACCAUCCAGACACCUGGAAACUCCUCCCUUGUGCUGCGCCCGUGUAGGGGGCCUGGCUGCCAUGGCCUGGAGCCCUGGAACACUUCCCUCCGAGAGGUGUCCGGGGCCGUGGUGAUAUCUGGGCUGCUGCAGGGCACACUGGGGCUGUUGGGGGGUCCUGGCCACUUGUUCUCCUACUGUGGGCCCCUGGUGCUGGCCCCCAGCCUGGUUGUGGCAGGGCUGUCUGCCCACAGGGAGGUGGCCCUGUUCUGCUCUGCUCACUGGGGCCUGGCAUUGCUGCUUAUCCUGCUCAUGGUGGUCUGUUCUCAGCACCUGGGCUCCUGCCCGUUACCCCCAGGUCUCUGGAGGCCAGCUUCAACCUCUUCAACCCACACUCGCAUCCCUGCCUUCAGGCUCCUCUCGGUGCUGAUCCCAGUGGCCUGUGUGUGGAUUGUCUCUGCCCUUCUGGGUCUCAGCGUCAUCCCCCUGGAGCUUUCUGCCCCCAUCAAAGCACCAUGGUUUUGGCUGCCUCACCCGGCUGAGUGGGACUGGCCGUUGCUAACACCCAGGGCUCUGGCGGCAGGAAUCUCCAUGGCCUUGGCAGCCUCCACCAGCUCCCUGGGCUGCUAUGCCCUGUGUGGCCGGCUGCUUCAUUUGGCUUCUCCACCUCCGCAUGCCUGUAGCCGAGGCCUGAGCCUGGAGGGUCUGGGCAGUGUGCUGGCUGGGCUUUUGGGGAGCCCCAUGGGCACUGCAUCCAGCUUCCCCAAUGUGGGCACAGUGAGUCUUCUCCAGGCUGGAUCUCGGCGAGUGGCCCACUUGGUGGGGCUGCUCUGUGUGGGGUUUGGGCUCUCCCCGAGGCUGGCCCAGCUCCUCACCACCAUCCCGCUGCCUGUGGUUGGUGGGGUGCUGGGGGUGACCCACGCCGUGGUUCUGUCCACUGGAUUCUCCAGCUUCCACGUGGCUGACAUUGACUCUGGGCGGAAUGUCUUCAUUGUCGGUUUCUCCAUCUUCAUGGCCCUGCUGCUACCAAGAUGGUUUCGGGAAGCUCCAGUCCUACUGAGCACAGGCUGGAGCCCCUUGGAUGUGUUACUGCGCUCACUGCUCACAGAGUCCAUCUUCCUGGCGGGACUCUUAGGCUUUCUACUAGAGAACACCAUUCCUGGCACAUGGCUUGAACGAGGCCUAAGUCAAGGGCUGCCAUCCCCUUUCACUGCCCAAGAGGCUCAGGUGCCUCAGAAGUCCAGGAAGAAGGCUGAUCAAGAGUACGAGCUUCCUUUCCCCAUUCAAAACCUGUGUCCCUGCAUCCCCCAGCCCCUCCGUUGCCUCUGCCCACUGCCAGAAAACUCUGGGAAUGAGGAAGGAGGGUCCUCUGAGCCAGGAGAGACAGCUGACUUGCUGCCUGGCUUUGAAGAGCAGUGCCAAGUCUAGCAGAGAAGAACUUAGGUCCCAGUAAUUAGCAGGACUCCUACUUCUACCCUGGUUAGUUUAGACCUAUCUCCCAGCUUGCUGGAAAGUCAGCUACCAGGCUCUACUUUCUCCUAGGAACAGGGCAUGUGUAUGUCUCACAUGGGCCCACCUGAAGUCUCAUUUCCCAAUAGAUGUGUUUGCUUUUCCUUCUCUUAAUUAGGCCUAACUGUUCCAGAGCAGGGUCUUUGGUUUAGUGGGCCAUGAACAAAUGAGUGAUAUGCCUGUGAACUAUCUAUACUUGAACCCCAGCAUUCACUUAACUGGUAAUUAUUGAGUGUCUCCCAUGUGCAAGGUUCUAGAAAUACAGAUAUGUAUAAAACAGAGUCCCUAUCCUCUCAAAGCACUUAUGGUUUAAAAAGAUAUGUAAUUACUAACUAAAAUCCAAAGCAGAAGGCAGUCUUCAAUAAAGAUGAAAACAAUGCUUUGGGAACAAACAGAAGAAACAAUGAAUUCUGAUUAGGGAUAGUGGGAAAGCCUUGACACUGAAGCAGCACUGAGGCUGGCCUUAACAAAAGGAAUUUUGGUUGUGGAACAUGGAAGGGGAGAAUUUUUCAGGCUCAGAUAUCCAGCUCCAGCAAAAUCAUAAAUUGUACAAAGCCCAAGAUGAGUUGAAGGAUUUCAAGCUUCUCUGUGGUGAUGGAGCAUAAGUAUGGGGAGUGGAUGGAGGGAGAAAUCAGACAGGAGAGGUAAGGAUGAGGUCAGACCAUGGGAUUUAUGCCUGGGAGACUCAUCUGUUUAAACAAAUCAAGUGCUGGUGAGGACCCAAGAGAUUAUCUAGCGAAAUUCAACCCCCUCGUUUUAUUUAACAAAACAAAACAAUAAAGAGGUUGGACAGGUAA